UCGGCCUCAGGGGCCACUUCCACCCGGCCCCACCGACCCUCCCUCCAGGACCAGGCCCGCCAAGCGUGAGGAGCCCUGAGGUGGCCGGCGGCUGCGUGUGGGACAUGGCCCAGUCCUCCUCCACUGCCCCUGAUGAGGAGUCCACCUUUGAACACCUCUGGAGCUCACUAGAGCCAGACAGCACCUACUUCGACCUCUCGCAGCCCAGCCAGGGCAACACAGAAGCGGCGGGCAGCACAGAGGCCAGCAUGGACGUCUUCCACCUGCAAGACAUGACCACUCCUGUCAUGGCCCAGUUCAAUUUGCUCAGCAGCACCAUGGACCAGAUGAGCAGCCGCGCGGCCCCAGCCAGCCCCUACACCCCGGAGCACGGCGCCAGCGUGCCCACCCACUCACCCUACGCCCAGCCCAGCUCCACCUUCGACACCAUGUCUCCCGCGCCCGUCAUCCCCUCCAACACCGACUACCCUGGCCCCCACCACUUCGAGGUCACCUUCCAGCAGUCGAGCACCGCCAAGUCUGCCACCUGGACGUACUCCCCGAUGCUGAAGAAGCUUUACUGCCAAAUCGCCAAGACGUGCCCCAUCCAGAUCAAGGUGUCCGCGCCGCCGCCCCCGGGCACCGCCAUCCGGGCCAUGCCCGUCUACAAGAAAGCGGAACACGUGACCGACGUCGUGAAGCGCUGCCCCAAUCACGAGCUCGGGAGGGACUUCAACGAAGGACAGUCUGCCCCAGCCAGCCACCUUAUCCGCGUGGAAGGCAACAACCUCUCACAGUAUGUGGAUGACCCUGUCACCGGCAGGCAGAGCGUCCUGGUGCCCUACGAGCCCCCGCAGGUGGGGACGGAAUUCACCACCAUCCUGUACAACUUCAUGUGUAACAGCAGCUGCGUGGGCGGCAUGAACCGGAGGCCGAUCCUCAUCAUCAUCACCCUGGAGACCCGGGACGGGCAGGUGCUAGGCCGCCGGUCCUUCGAGGGCCGCAUUUGUGCCUGUCCUGGGCGUGACCGUAAGGCGGACGAGGACCACUACCGUGAGCAGCAGGCGCUGAGCGAGAAUGCUACAAAGAACGGGGCUGCCAGCAAGCGUGCCUUCAAGCAGAGCCCCCCUACCAUCCCCGCCCUGGGUGCCAACUCGAAGAAAAGGCGGCAUGGGGACGAGGACAUGUACUACAUGCACGUGAGGGGCCGGGAGAACUUCGAAAUCCUGAUGAAGGUCAAGGAGAGCCUGGAGCUCAUGGACCUCGUGCCGCAGCCCCUCGUGGACUCCUACCGGCAGCAGCAGCAGCAGCAGCUUCUACAGCGGCCGAGCCACCUGCAGCCGCCGUCCUACGGGCCUGUCCUCUCGCCCAUGAGCAAAGCGCACGGCAGCGUCAACAAGCUGCCCUCAGUCAACCAGCUGGUGGGCCCGGCUCCCCCACACACCUCAGCCACUGGGCCCAGCCUAGGACCCAUGGCCCCAGCGAUGCUCAGUGGCCACAGCCACGCCAUGCCCCCCAACGGUGAGCUGAACGGCGGCCACAGCUCCCAGACCAUGGUCCCGGGGUCCCACUGCACCCCACCACCCCCCUACCAUGCCGACCCCAGCCUUGUCAGUUUUUUAACAGGCUUGGGCUGUCCCAACUGCAUCGAGUAUUUUACCUCCCAAGGGUUGCAGAACAUCUACCACUUGCAGAACCUAACCAUAGAGGACCUCGGGGCCCUGAAGAUCCCCGACCAGUACCGCAUGACGAUCUGGAGGGGCCUGCAGGACCUGAAGCAGGGCCACGAGUGCGGCCAGCAGCUGCUGCGCUCCAGCAGCAACGCCGCCACCAUCUCCAUAGGCGGCUCAGGCGAGCUGCAGCGGCAGCGGGUCAUGGAGGCCGUGCACUUCCGCGUGCGCCACACCAUCACCAUCCCCAACCGCGGUGGCCCAGGCGGGGUGGCCGGUACUGAUGAGUGGGCCGACUUUGGCUUUGACCUGCCAGACUGCAAGUCCCGCAAGCAGCCCAUCAAGGAGGAGUUCCCAGAGAGCGAGGGGCGCUGAGGCGCUGCCCUGGCACCUUCCCUGCGGCUGGAUGGACAGGACACUGGGCUGCGCCCAGGGACACGGCAAGGUCCUCCGAUCCAGCACCACUUCUGAGGGACAUCACUGGCCUCAAGGGCUACCCAGGCCCAGGGGCCACCUGCAGACAGCCUGGACGCCCGCCUUUUGGAAACUCCCGAGCUGCCUGCUGUGUGCCUGCAGGGGCCAGGUGGGUUGGACAGGGCUGUUCCUGGAGCUGGGGACUGUGCUCAGGACCGCCUGCUGUCUUUCUGUGACUGCCAACAAGUAUUCCCACGUCUGAGGACGGCAGCAGCCAGCGACCAAGGCCUCACCCAGGACCCUGGGUCUGCAGACGAAUAUGGUGCCGUGGCUGCCCGAGGCCAGGCUGGGGACUCCUCGGCGGGACACGAGGAUCAGCUCUGUCCCCAGCCCACAGCUCUACAGGGACUGUGGUGACUUUCCUGGUCCACAUGGAGACCUGGGUUUGCUGGAACUGGAGCCAGCUGAGCCCGCAAUGGUCCUGGGGCCCCUACUGAGCAGAUCGAGGGACAGCUGUACUCAGAUG